GUUCAACUAAUUCUCUCAGAUUUGUCGUCGAAUGUCCCAGGCCUGCAAUAUUUGCUCCGUCCCGAGUACGCUCCGUACUUGAAUACCGCGGGAACUGUUCUGCUGGGCUGGAUGGUCGUGUGCUGGCUAUUAAACCUCUUGUGGACAUUUUUGGCUCCAUUGGCGAUAAGUGUACUCGGAAUAAUAAUUAUUUGUCCCGAAACAGCUAGAUGGGUUUUAGGACAACUAGGACCGAGUGCCGAGUUAUUUAUUGAGAAUAUAAUAUCUAAAUUCCAGUCGUUUGUGCCAUAA